AUGCCGCUCACCCAGCCAGAAUCAGAGCCACAACAGACCAUCACCGAGGCUGACCAGCCGGCAGCCAAGGGUUGGAAGUUCUGGGCCAUCUUCCCUCCUCUAUGCAUCGCGACACUGCUCGUCGCCCUUGAGUCAACCGUCACAUCCACCGCCCUGCCCAUCAUCGCAGCCGAGCUCAAUGCGGGUGACAACUAUGUAUGGUUCCUCAAUGGCUUCCUCCUGACGGCCACUAUUUUCCUCCCUCUCUAUGGCCAGUUCGCCGACGUCUUCGGCCGGCGCUGGCCCACCAUCGCGGGCGUCGCCCUUUUUGCACUCGGCAGCGGCAUUAGUGGAGGCGCCAACUCGGCAGCCAUGAUGAUCGCCGGCCGCCUGGUCCAGGGUGUCGGCGCCGCGGGUAUCAACUCCAUGACCCAGAUCAUCAUUGGCGACCUGCUGCCUGUGCGCGAGCGCCCCAAGUACAUGGGCAUCGUCUUCGCCGUCUUUGGUGUCGGUACCGCUAUAGGGCCGCCCAUUGGCGGCGUCAUCGCCCAGAAUGGCGACUGGCGCUGGGUCUUUUACCUGAACCUGCCCGUGUGCGGAGUCACCCUCAUCAUGCAGCUGUUCUUCCUCAAGGUCGUCUAUGUGCGGCGCUCGACCUUCCUGGCCCGCAUCCGGCAGGUCGACUGGGUCGGCAACGUGCUGCUGAGCGGCUCCGUUGUGUCCAUCCUAAUCGCGCUGUCGUGGGCCGACACUCGUUACCCUUGGAGCUCAUGGCACAUUCUCGUGCCGCUGAUUCUGGGCUUCGCCGGCCUCGUUGGCUUCCACUUGUUCGAACUGUCCCCGUGGUGCCCAGCGCUCCCCGCUAUUCCCCCACGUAUGUGGUUCAACCGCACCAGCACCGUCGGCCUGGUCCUCAGCUUCCUCCAGUCCAUGCUCAUCUACUGGCGCACCUACUUCCUUCCACUGUAUUUCCAGGCCGUUCUCCUCACCAGCCCCUCCCGCUCCGGCGUGCUCCUCCUGCCGACCAUCCUCAUGGGCAUCCCCGCGGCCAUCCUCGGCGGCGGCGUGCUCUCAAAGACGGGCCGCUACAAGCCCAUCCACUUCUUCGGCUUCGGCGUGACAGCCCUGGCCACCGGCCUCUACAUCGACUUUGACGCCCACUCGUCCCUGGCCAAAGUCGUCUUGUAUCAGCUGGUGUGCGGUCUCGGCGGCGUCCUGCUCUCCGCGAUGGUCCCCGCCGUGCAGGCCGCGCACCCGCAGGCCGACGUCGCCGCCGUCACCUCGGCAUGGAACUUCUACCGCGCCUUCGGCUCCAUCUGGGGCAUCGCGGUUCCCGGCGCCAUCUUCAACAGCCAGAUGGCGCGCCACGCCAGCAAGAUUCUCGACAUAGACCCCGCCGUACAGGCGGCCAUUGGUGGUGGCAACGCCUACGCGCACGUGUCCGACGUCUUUGUCAGGUCGCUGCCGCAGCCGCUGCGCGGCGAGGUCAUCGCCGCGUAUGAGGCGACCCUCCGCACCGUGUGGGAGGUGAACCUGGCUUUUACCCUGCUCGCGUUGCUGUUGGUCUUUGUUGAGGCUGAGAUCCCGCUGCAGACAACGCUCGAGUCAUCGGAUCAUCAGCUCGACAGUGGGAAAAAACAGGAGGACAAGGAGGCUGGGUUGGUGACUCCGCCUUCUGCAUCAGACGAGAAGUAG